GGGGGCGGGGCGGGGCUCCGAGGCUCCGAGGGGCACGGUUCAGGGCCCGGCCGCCUGGGCUCCAGGGGCCCGGGAACCUGGAUAAGUAGGACUGCUGCCGCGGCUACGGGGGGUGCGGGGUGGAGCGUGCCCUGUAUUUUCUAUACGGGUUCCGGGGCCCGGUAGAGGCGCGCCGCGAGGAGAGGAAAGUGCGGCGGCCCUGGAACCUGGAUAUCGCGCGAGGCAAGCUGCGCGCGGGCGGGCGGGCUAUGGCGCAGGCGGGUUGCGGGGCCGGCGCUGGUGGCGGGGCCCGGUGCAUGGCGGUCUGUCGGCGGAGUCGCCCUCGGGGGCUGUCAGACUUGUGACCCAGAAGGAAAUCUCUGACCUCAGCUGUGGCUCUUGGUGCUGGCCAGAAGCCAACUUCAUGUCUGAGUGUACGAGUAGCAGUUUGCCAUGGAAAGCUUGGGGCUGCAAACGGUGACCCUCAGUGAUGGGACGACAGCCUAUGUCCAGCAAGCUGUCAAAGGAGAGAAGCUGCUGGAAGGGCAAGUGAUCCAGCUCGAGGACGGGACCACCGCAUACAUUCACCAAGUGACGGUGCAGAAAGAAGCUCUCUCCUUCGAGGAUGGACAGCCUGUACAGCUGGAAGAUGGCAGCAUGGCCUACAUACACCGCACACCCAAAGAGGGCUAUGACCCCAGCGCCCUGGAAGCCGUCCAACUGGAAGACGGCUCCACUGCCUACAUUCACCACCCCGUGGCUGUGCCAGCAGACAGCGCCAUCCUGGCUGUGCAGACGGAGGUGGGCUUGGAGGACCUGGCCACGGAGGAUGAUGAGGGCUUCACUGCAGACACGGUGGUGGCCCUGGAGCAGUAUGCCAGCAAGGUCCUGCAUGACAGCCAGGUUCCCCAUAAUGGCAAAGGACAGCAGGUCGGGGACAGAGCAUUCCGCUGUGGCUACAAAGGCUGUGGGCGUCUCUACACCACUGCUCAUCACUUAAAGGUGCACGAAAGAGCUCAUACGGGUGACCGUCCGUACAGGUGUGAUUUCCCCAGCUGUGGAAAGGCCUUUGCCACAGGAUAUGGGCUGAAGAGCCAUGUGCGCACCCACACUGGUGAAAAGCCAUAUAAGUGCCCAGAGGAGCUGUGCAGCAAGGCCUUCAAGACCUCAGGAGACCUGCAGAAGCACGUCCGGACCCACACCGGUGAACGCCCAUUCCGGUGCCCCUUCGAGGGCUGCGGCCGCUCCUUCACCACAUCGAACAUCCGUAAAGUACACGUGCGCACCCACACAGGCGAGCGGCCCUACACCUGCCCGGAGCCGCACUGUGGCCGCGGCUUCACCAGCGCCACCAACUACAAGAACCACGUGCGCAUCCAUACAGGGGAGAAGCCAUACGUGUGCACGGUGCCAGGCUGCGGGAAGCGCUUCACCGAGUACUCGAGCCUGUACAAGCACCAUGUGGUACACACGCACUGCAAGCCGUACACAUGUAGCGCCUGUGGCAAGACCUACCGGCAGACCUCCACACUGGCCAUGCACAAGCGCAGCGCCCACGGCGAGCUCGAGGCCACAGAGGAGAGUGAGCAGGCCCUGUACGAGCAGCAGCAGCUCGACGCCGCCUGCGCCGCCGAGGAGAGUCCACCACCCAAACGCUCUCGAGUUGCCUACCUCUCAGAGGUGAAGGAAGAGGGUGAUGACCUGCCAGCCCAGGUGGCCAUGGUGACUGAGGAGGACGGAGCCCCCCAGGUGGCUCUGAUCACUCAGGAUGGCGCCCAGCAGGUCAGCCUGUCCCCGGAAGACCUUCAGGCCCUGGGGAGUGCUAUCAGCAUGGUGACCCAGCACAGCAGCACCACCCUCACCAUACCCAGUGAGGACGAUGACCUUGCCACAGCUGGCACACAUACGGUCACCAUGGUCAGCGCUGAUGGCACGCAGACGCAGCCCGUUACAAUCAUUACCUCUGGGGCUGUGGUGGCCGACGACUCAAGUGUAGGAUCCCUCCAUCACCAACAGGUGGCACUGUUGGCCACAGCCAACGGAACGCACAUUGCCGUGCAGCUAGAGGAGCAGCAGACCUUAGAAGAGGCCAUCAGCGUGGCCACUGCUGCCAUGCAGCAAGGGGCCGUGACCCUGGAGGCCACAGAGUCAGAGAAUGGCUGCUGAGUCCCAGGGGGCUGGAUUCCACAGCGAGUUGGAGGAGGCCCCAUGCUGCACAGGCAUCCCUGCUCCAAGGGCCCGGGCUGUGGCUGACACUUGGAAGGUGGCCACAGAGGUCUCCGGGGAGAGAUGGCGGCAGGAAAACCGCUUA